AUGGAAGUACGGUCGAGCGAUUCACCUGAAUAUUUAUCCGACAGUUCUAGUGACAGAAAUUCUUUUAAUUUAACCACCAGUAGAGAAAACCUCUCAGGAGACCUUGCAUCUUGGUGUCUAGAGUUUACUUGUUCUCAAGCAGCUAUGAAUAGUUUACUCGAUAUACUUCGAAAACAUGGUAACAUGCUACCCAAAGAUGCAAGAACUCUUUUAAAAGUACCACAAGAAGUUCAGUGUAUUCAAAAAUGUGGUGGCACAUAUUACUAUUUUGGAUUAGAAGCUGGUAUCAAAAAAAAUUUAACAGGUUCUGAAAGUGAAAUAUCGCUUAGUUUUAAUAUUGACGGAUUACCUUUAUUUAAACCAUCCAAUACUCAAUUUUGGCCGAUUCUUUGUGAAGUUGGUGGUGGAAAGAUUUUUAUUGUGGCAAUAUACACAGGGGAACGAAAACCAUCAAGUUUGGAUGUGUUUUUAGAUGAUUUUUUAAAAGAAUUGUGUAGUAUAAAAUUAUCCGGUAUAACAAUAAAAUCAGUUGUACACACUGUUAAAGUUAGAGCUUUUCUAUGUGAUGCCCCACCAAGAUCUUUUUUAAACGGGACUGUUGGUCAUACUGGAUAUUUUUCCUGUGAAAGGUGCAUUAUUAAAGGAUCCUGGGAAGGUAGGGUUGUGUUUAAUAAAGAGCAAGAAUUUCGCAAGCGAACCGAUGAAGAUUUUAGCUGCCAGUCAUAUAAGAAACAUCAGAAAUAUAAGUCUCCUCUUAUAGCUGCUGGUAUCAAAUGUGUUUCUGGAUUCUGCCUUGACUAUAUGCAUUUGAUAUGUCUUGGGGCUGUUAAAAGAAUUCUGAAAUAUUUCCGAAAAGGUCCUAUGGCUAGGCUGUCGCAAGCACAUAUAUUGCAAAUAUCUGAGAGAUUACUCGAAGUUGAUAAGUGGAAAGCAACUGAAUUCAGACAAUUUCUUUUAUACACUGGACCAGUUUCUUUGAAAGGAAUUGUUUCUGAACCUGUCUAUAAACACUUUCUUUCACUUUCAAUUUCAGUAUUUAUUCUAGUACAUCCAGAUAGUAACCUGCGUAAAAGCUUUUUACCUUACUGUAAAAAGUUGCUUAAAUAUUUUGUGAACAAUUGUAAAGAAGUUUUUGGUAAAACAUUUACUGUAUAUAACAUUCACAAUUUAUUGCAUAUAUGUGAUGACGUAGAGAAUUUUGAUUGCUCAUUAAACGAAAUAUCUUGUUUUCCGUUUGAAAAUUAUUUGCACAAAUUAAAAAAAGUUGUAAGGAAUGCCAACAAUCCAACUGCACAAAUAGUAAAGCGAGUCAUCAGUGAAGAAAAUAAUUAUGAUGGCAAUUUUAAAACCAGUACAAAAAAAAUCACUUCAAGUAGCAGAGAUAAUUGUUUUUUUAAUGAAGAUGGGAAACUUGUUUUUGUUAGAUUUGUAAAUAAUAAUAAUAACACUUAAGAAUGUGAUGUUUAUGCGAAGAGCUGCUUGAAGUCAUUUUAUGUUCAUCCAAUUGACUCAAAAUUGUUAGGAAUUUACUUCCUAGAAAAAAAUCAAGAUUUUACUAAAUUCACUUUUUGUAAAAAUGAACUUCAAAAAUGUGUUUGUUUACCGUAUAAGAGUGGCUAUGUUAUAUAUCCUGUUAUUCAUCUAGUCUAAAUUAUAUAAAUACAUGUAAAUUUGUAAUAUGCUUCUUCAAAUAAAUAAAUUCUUUUUGUAAUGUUAUUUAUUUACAUUCUUCUAGCAACUAGUUCUAUUUUCCUUGUGUAUCCAGCUAGUUUUUUAUUUUACUAGUAUUUAUUGUCAGUAUUAUCUAAAAUGUUAUAAAUUUUUUUCUUGCAUCUGAAAAAAUUGUCACAAGUUCUAUGUUGUUCCAGCUGCAUUUUCAAAGUUUGUAAUAAACAUUUUUUUUUAUUGUUACAAAUUUACAGUAGAAUUUACACUAUAAAAUGAGUGAUGAUCUUGGUUAUACUCGCGUUGUUUGGAAAC